UACGGGCGGGCCCGGCAGUCGGUGGCCGGCGCCGUGCGGGGCGGGAUGUCGCGGUCCGCGGCUGUGUGGGGCGCGAUGUCCGUGUCCUCCGCGAUGGCGCGGCUGCUGCUCCUGUGCGCCGCAUCGGGGUUGCUGCUGGCGGCCGUGGCGGCCAUCCCGCCGCCGGAGGAGGCGGCGCGCAUGGCGCGCUACGUCCUGCACAGCUGCGACUGGGGCGCGCUGGCCACGCUGUCGGCGCAGGAGGGGCUGCGCGGCCGCCCCUUCGCCAACAUCUUCUCCCUCAGCGACGGCCCGCCCGGGCCCUGCGGCGGCAGCGGCGUCCCCUACCUGUACCUGACCGACAUGGAGAUCUCCGUGCAGGACCUGGAGGUCAAUUCAAACGCCUCCUUGACUGUGUCUUUGGCACAGACUCCUUACUGCAGGAAGCACAGAUAUGAUCCCCAGAACCCCCUCUGUGCCCACAUCAUCUUCGUUGGGAGCAUUGUAAAGGUGAAUGAUUCAGAAGCAGACUUAGCCAAAAAAGCAUUAUUCAGUCGCCACCCUGAAAUGGAAAGUUGGCCCAAGGAUCAUAAUUGGUUCUUUGCCAAAUUCAACAUCACCAAUAUUUGGGUCCUGGAUUACUUUGGUGGAUUGAAAAUUGUGACACCAGAAGAGUACUACAGUGUCAAGCCUUAGUGGAAGAAGAUCCUUGGUGAUGCUGAUAUGAAAAUGAAUGACUUUGCCUGUUUUCAUGAAAGAUUUAUUUUUUCUAUGUAGUGUAGAGCUGAGUUAAUAAUAUCAUAAAUCAAACACCUUGCAUUGUUAAUGAGCAUGUAUUACCCUUAUGAAGCAGACUUAACUUCUCACUAACUUGAAUCAUGUCACAAUGAAAAACCUUUGUGCAUAAGCAAUAACUAAAUUUUAUUCACUGGAUGUGAAUUUGGAAGGGUGUCUGACAGUGUGCAUUCAGAAAUGUGUUUACUGGAAUCUAAAAAAUUAGUCCAGCUCUAAAGUGCCUUAGUUAAAUAAUGUUUCUGAGCACUUUCCAAUAUUAUUUUAUUUUUAAUACCAGUUUAGUUUAGAAUUUUAUGGUGAAGUUCUACAGGAUGGCUCAGCUGAUGGAAUGGAAAGCAUUGCCUGUAUUACAGUAGCAAAUGACAUGCUGAGUUCCCAAAUCCUGUUAAGAAUUUUCUCUGCACGCUGAUAAACUCACUUUUUUGAGCCAUUUUUCUGUUUUAUUGAAUGUGCUGUAGAAUACAGUUGUGUUCAUGCCAGCUGUACCUAUACCUCAGGAUGAGUUCUUGGUAAUUCCUCGGCUGAUUAUGUGCCCUGACUCUGUAAUAGAAGCAGACCAGUAGUACCUAAAAUAUCUGACUCAAGAAGAGUAGAUAAAUUCUGUCUUGUCAAUUCAGUGAGAGUGUUGUGAAGGAUAAAUGUUUUCUGAUUGAGAUUCUGAAACACUCAGCUUUGUUAGUCUGAUCAAAUGGCAAUUCUUCAGCUUUUGUUCCCCUCAACAGCAGAACUGAGCAGAUUUUGGGGUCUGGAAGCCUUCAAGAGCAAUUUUGGAUUAGUAACCCAGAAGUGGAAAAGAAGCAAUACAGUUUGACACAAAUGAUUCGUGAUUUCUAGAGAAUGAAAAUUAAUGAAAGGUGUGCUUAAUUAAUUCUGUGUUAAAGUAAUUUACACCCAACCACAAAAAACCCCUUUUUUAACAUCCUCUCCAAUCUGAUGUGUGCUGAGUUCACCAGCACUAAAAAGUAUUUAUGAAGAAACAAGUUGAUUUUACAGUGAGCAAAUAUUACCUAGUUGACCUAGAGUAAAGAAUUUAGACUCCUUAGAGGAGGUUGAUAUAUAGAACAGUGGGAUUUGUCAUGUAAGAUCCCUAUAUCUUAAUGUUGUUGUUAUAUCACUCCUUUUCUCAGAUACUGGGAUGAUUUGUGAAAGUAUUUUUUAUGUAACUUAUUAAGAGUUCUUUCUUCAUAAGGGGAAGAAAGCCACUUGGUACUGUUCUACUGUUCUGUUCUACUAUUUUAAGACUAAUUUAGGAUUAAAAAAAACUUAGAAUAUAGAAACCAUUUCUAUUGAAUAGGUAACACUGAUAUUUAAUGUGAAAUUGAAAAAAAAAUUAUAUAAGGUACGACAGUUGUGAAAACUCAACUCAAUCUCUGUCAUGGACUCCAUACUUUCUGUGAGGACACCUGAACGCAUUACACGUAACCCUGUAACUUCUGAUGUGUGAGACUGAUGAUGCUGGGCUUUUGUUAAAAUUAAAAUAUUUUUUUGA